CUUAAUAUUCAUCAACCCAACGUAAAAACAAGUUCAACUCAACUCUCUUCCUUGUCUUGUCCUUAACUUUCCACUUUCAACCAUACACGUACUGUGCUAGCUAGUAAUUAAGGUUUAGCAAUUAUAACAACAAUGGAUAAAACUCCACGCAUGCUUCAAAUGGUUUCCACCUUGGUCCUCAUUCUAAGUGUUUCAUCAUUGGCCUCAGCAUCUCUAGAAGUGGGUUUCUACAGCUCCACAUGUCCAUCUGCUGAGACAAUAGUGAGAAACACAGUCAACAAAGCCAUUUCUGACAACCCAGGCGUAGCUGCUGGUCUCAUUAGAAUGCAUUUCCAUGAUUGCUUUGUCAGGGGUUGUGAUGGUUCAGUGUUGCUAGCAUCUACAUCGGGUAACCCAACAGCUGAGAGAGACAACUUCGUUAACAACCCAAGCCUACGUGGCUUCGAGGUGAUUGAGGAAGCGAAGACCGAAGUAGAGGCUGCAUGUCCUCAAACGGUGUCGUGUGCAGACAUACUGGCCUUCGCGGCACGAGACAGUGUUGUGAAAGUUGGUGGCACAAACUACGAGGUCCCAUCGGGACGCAGAGACGGUCGUGUCUCAAUCGGCGACGAAGUGCCACAAAAUGUGCCGAGACCAACCUUGAGCGCCGACGAACUCGUCACGAAUUUCGCACGAAAGGGUUUGUCGGCAGAUGAAAUGGUGACACUUUCAGGAGCGCAUUCAAUUGGCGUGUCGCACUGCUCUUCCUUCUCAAACCGCUUGUACUCUUUCAACGACACGUUCCAGCAAGACCCUUCCAUGGAUGCUUCUUAUGCUGCGACGUUGAAAGCCACGUGUCCUGCUCCACCCUCCGCAACGGACCCGACGGUGGCUCUUGACCCUUCCACGCCGAUUCGGUUGGACAACAAAUACUAUGAGGGGUUGAUGAACCACCGUGGCUUGUUGACGUCGGAUCAAACGUUGUACACCAGCCACUCCACCAAGGAAAUGGUUCAAACCAAUGCUUACAAUGGUGCAACUUGGGCUCAGAAGUUUGCUCAAGCGAUGGUGCGCAUGGGUUCCAUUGAAGUGCUUACUGGCUCAGAUGGUGAGAUCAGGAAGCAUUGCAGCUUUGUUAAUUAAUUAAUUAAUUAAUUAUUAACUCGUUUUAAUUGGAUUAUUUUUGGACAAAAAAUCUGGUGAUUUGUUGAUUCUUUUUCGUUCUUUGAAUUUUAUAUAAGUUGUUCUAUUCUGAGCCAACCAAUUCUGUUGUAUUCCUUCAUUCAUAUGUAAUUUUCGGUCCGUACCCGAUCCUUUUUUACUUAUUGUUCAUUUUAUAGCUAAAAAAUUU